UUAGUUACGACUUCGAAGAAAGAGGAUGUAAAUAUUUGCAAAAUGGUUUGACAACCUUUCCAAUCCAAAUUUAGUUGAACAGAAUAUUUAUGCAAUGCCCAGGUCAAACAAUGGGCGUGAUAGUAGUUCUAGACGCAGCCGUUCGUCCAGAAGUAGAUCAAGAAGUCGACAUCGUGACAGACGUCACCACUCACACAGACGAGAAAGGGGGAGACAUAAACCAAAAGAAAGAAAUUUAGGAGCAGCGUUUUGUAGCAUGAUAACAAUUGUUAUUAUGUCAACGUCUUUAGCGGAACCAAACUGGGUAUCUUUACAAGGCGGUGGAUGUGUUGUAAAUGGUGUUGGACUUGAUCAUUUAGGGGCAUUCCAAUUUUUCUAUCCAGGAAAGUUUUUGGAACAGUUUAUUCAGGGACCGAACAACAAAAAAGUUGACAUUGUUUACAAGUUUGGACCAAAUGAUUUAGAUAGAAUGGAAAACUGUGUUACAAACAAAGCUGUGAUACUGAUGAAGACAAUCAUUGCAUUUACAUUUAUAGCCAUGUGCUGUACACUUAUAGCUUUCUUAUUAGAUCUGAUUGGACCACAGCACAGAGCUUUAAAAAUAUUGAGGAGAAAUGCAAUAUUUAAUAUUGUGUCUGUUAUCUUGUGUGUGAUUAUCAAUUUGUUUUGUUACUGGUUAACCGUGGAAGUUUCUGGAUUACAACGACUUACAAAAGUCCAUGUUGGAAGUAAAGUAGAAGUGACCUUUGACAUUAGUUUUUAUCUGAUCACUGCUGCAGGUGCCAUGGGUGUCAUAGCAACAGCCAUGAACUGUUUGAAGAGAUUUCCAACACAUGAUCAUAUGACAGAAGCCUUAUUAGAGGAUUAUGAUGGACUUGAAGGGGCAUUUCCCGUCUCUCCCCCUGAGGCACAGAGUUCUCCUAUGUCCAACAUCCCCCCACCACCAGCAUAUACACCAUGAAUACCUGUUUUUAUACACAGUAUAUCAUACUAAUCUUAGUUCUGCUUUUUUUCAUGCUUUUGGCAUUUAAGCUUAUUAAGGUGGUACCCAAUACCUUGACUAAAAUUAAUUUGGCUCGUUUAAUUUUCAUAAAAUUUUGACAAAAUAUUUACUUUGACCCUUUGAUAAAAAUAUUAAAAUUUCAAAAAACUUCACCCAAUCACUUGUUUGGAUAUACAGCAUUUUGACAAACACUAAUUUUGAUCAUUCAGAAGCUUAAUAUUUCCUUAACAAUGCAAUGUAAUUAAAACAUUCAGCUAAUUUUACAGAGUUAUCUCCCUGUAGUGUUAGGUACCACCUCAAGUUGAGCAGGAUUUAUCAUUAUAUUAUUUAUCCAUGAUUCUGAUGCUGGUAAAACUUUUUCUUGUCAACUGAAUAUCAGAAAAUUUUGAAAUAUUAUGUAAAAGCAUAAUGUGGAUUCAUUGUUAUUUGUGGGAAACCUUUUUUUUGAAUUAGUAGGAAUUGCUAAACCACUUAAUUGAAUGUUCAAUGAAGUACAAAUUUUCUAAACGUUUGUAUUCAUAACUAUGAAAUCAAAUAUCCAUGAAGGUGCAAGUUUUCCCCAAUCCAUGAAAAUUGGUACCAAAGAGAAUAAAUGAAUCCAAAGUACCAUUUAAAGUGUAUUCAAGAAUCAUGUGCAGUUUGCUAAUUAUGUACACUGUAUACAUGUAUCAUUGUUUGAUUAUGAUGAGUUCGUUCAUAUAAAACAUCAAUUUAAUGAGAAAUAAGAAAAAAAAAUUAUUAUCAAGAUAUCAUGCUAAAAUAAGUUAUGACAAUUUAAUACACGAAACAUGGAAUAUUUGGACUAUCUCCAAUUAAAUUUAUUUUUUACAGUCAUGGGGAAAAAGAAUUCUUGCAAGUGCAUAUAGAUAUAGGAAGAUGUGGUGUGAGUGCCAAUGAGACAACUCUCCAUCCAAAUAACAAUUUAAAAAGUAAACCAUUAUAGGUUAAAAUACGGCCUUCAACACGGAGCCUUGGCUCACACCGAACAACAAGCUAUAAAGGGCCCCAAAAUUACUAGUGUAAAACCAUUCAAACGGGAAAACCAACGGUCUAAUAGUUUGUUUUUUUAAAUUAACCCCCCAAAAAUACUACAGUUUUUAUUGAUGAUUUAUAAGAAAUUUGAAGUUCUAGUGUAGACCUUAUUUUUGUGGUAAAAUUCAAACUUGUAGCAUACUUCCAGGAAACUGGAGAUAAAGUUUAUAUGUAUUUUUUUUAAAAUUGCAUGUAUUUUCAGUAGAAGUUUAAAUGUACAUAAUGAAUUUACCCAAGUUAUUAUUUUCAGCAAUAUGACCAUUUCAAAUUAUGAGGUUUCCACUUCAAGGCUGGUAUUUUAUAUGUAGAAACCUCACCAGUCAGAUUGAUUUGGCAUCAAAUUUGAUCAUGUUGAUUCAGUAGGAUUUUUUUAAAUGAUAAUAAAUCUAGUUUGGUACAUUGAGUAUGUACACAAUAAUGUAUGUAACUUUUAUAUUGACAUAUGAGAAUUUUUUUGAGAAAUUUUAUGAGAGAUAUGUUGAUUCUCAUUUUAUCUGCUGAUAAAUGGAAAAAUUAUUUUAACCUUUUUAUUCACAGUUGUAUGUGCAUGUUUAAAAGUUUCUAUAAUUUAUCAAAAGUCAAAUAUGGUAUUGUUUUUAUCUAGACAAAAAUAAUAAUCUCAUUUUGAUGUAAACUUGUUUGUACAAAGAAAUUUACAAAGAUAUCAAUAAAGGACAUAUUUUAUACUGUUCAUAAUUUGCUUAAAUCUUAGAACUUUGAAGUUACAUUUUUUUAAAUGUUUUAUCUUUUAAAAUUAAAAAUCUUUGUAAUUCCUUUUAAAUCAAAAGAAGGUUAUUUUUGUGUCCUUGGGGGGAAAAGUAAUGAUUUUAAAAUAAAUAUGUUAAUGCUGCAAAUCCUUAGAUAUUGAGAAGAAUAAUUAAAUAAAGCAAGGGCUGGUUCCUUCUAUGAUUUUGACUUUUUUUUGUCUCAUCUGCAUUUUUUAGUAAUAAAAAUGCGUAGUAAUACUUGCAUUCACACCAGUCAUCAACAAUUAGUGAGGGUCUAGAAGGGAUUAACAGAAUAAAGAAUAAAGUGCCAAAUGUAUCAAAAAUUGGUCCCAAAAAAUAAAGAAUGGGGAACAAUAGGCAAAAUAGUUAAGAAUAGAAAAAAAUGGGAUGCUACUAUUAAAAAAAUAAAAUAGAGAAUAAUGGACAAAAAUUAUAUAGAAUAAAAAAUAAAAGAAUGCAGAACUGAAGGACAUUAAUGAUAAGUUGAUGACUUAUACCAUUUCAGAAUAAACACUGAUUAUAAACCUUGGUGUAUUACUAUACAUGUAACUUUUACCUAAGUGGAUAUGUUCUUAGUAUUAUGAAGUUGAUGCAAAAUUGACUGAAUUGUGUGCAAUUUUAUAUAUCUUGUGUUAGCUUUGUAAACUUUAAUUGGAUCAUGUAAUGAUAGUUUUCCAUAGUCUUCUGUUUUAUUGCGUAUAUAUAAAUUGAAAGAUUAAGUCUCAUUAAUGUUUGUUAGGUAUAUAAAUAUAUGUCAUAUUAUAGAUCUAGAUGCUAGUUGGUAUUUUUUUUUAAAUCAAAAUGACAUUUGUUGUUUGUUUGGUUGUUGAAUAUUUUGAUUGUUUUCAUGUGUAAAAGACAUGCUUUUAUUUAUAUUAA